GAGGAGGAGGAGGAGGAGGGAAGUGAAAAGAUCCUUCCUCAGAGGGUGAUCAACCUGAACAGAGAUUUGACGACGUUAGUGACCAACAUCCAAACUGCAGCUGACGCCAAAGAGUCGCUGAGACGGGCAGAGCUGGAGGAAGCUCGCAGACUAAGAUUGGAGCGACUUGAGAAGGACUUGAAAUCCAGCCAGGAAAUAUUCGAGGAGAUCACUAGAGGGUGGUCUUUAUCUACGCAGAGAGCGAUCCCUCAGGAGCUUCACGAGGCCCUGAACAACCAGCAGCAGUUAUGUGAUGCUCUCAUAGAAGACAAGAAAAAACUCAUAAAUGACCUGCAACAGGAGCUGAAAGUUGGAGAUGAUCGCUAUGUGAAGGACUUGAGGAAGCAGACCGAGGAGCUGGACCUGAUGAUGGAGAGGAUGGAGGACCAGAUCAAAACCCUGAUAAAGGCCUACAGGGAGGAGCUGACCCAGAUAGAGAGAGUUUAUACACAGGAAAGUGAAAUCUUACUCACAAAAGACAAGAUCGAGUGGGAUCAACACAUGAAGGGUCUUUGGGAGGAAGAGUUGAAGAGGCUGACGCAGAGGACUGUGAAAGUGGAGGAGUAUGAAAACAUCAUUCACAACCUGAUGAUUGAAACAUGGAGAAAGCACAGCAUCAUCCAGACAAAACAACAUGCAAGCUUUCAGGUUCUGGAAAGAGAGAGUAAACAACUAAGGAUUGCAAAGUUUACAAAAACGCAUACACGGCAUGAGAUAGCAGAAAGCAAGUUCAGCCUGACUAAUAUAAAGACUAGGCUCAGCAGGAUGAAGAAACAGAUGGCAAACCUUAGCGAUAAGUAUAAAAGUCAGAGAGAUGAAUUUACAAAGAAGAGCCGGUAUUUGUCCGAGGACUACAAACGCAAAAUAAAGCAGUAUGAGCGCAUACAGAAGCAACUCAAGCACUUUGCAGUCGCUGAUGACAGAAAGUUCGAGGAGAUGUGGCUAAUGAUUGAUGCCGAGGUGAAGCAGCUAGUGGAGAGGGCUUUGGACAUCGACUCGCAGAUCUGCAAGCAGCACCUUGGGGUGGCCUGGGAGCGACCCGUCAUGGGGUUCAUGGAGCUCUGUGGUCCCAUCCAGCCCCAGGGGGUCCCUCAGCUGCUCCACACUGGACAGGAUUCACAGGACAGUCAGAGGAUGAUGGACCCCUCAGUGAGGAAGGAGAUAGAGGCUGAGGGGAGCGCGGUGCAGAGCGAGAGCGGAGCAAAGGAAGAGGAAGAGAAGCUGCCCAUGGAGACACUGAAAGGAGUGAUGGAGCUGCUGUGUGACAAGGCGGGAUUCCUGAUGGAGGAUAAACUCCUGAAGCUGCUGAUACCCCUGGGGAAGGAGGAGCAGACCGUGGUGAAGCUGGGCUCUCUCCUCUCUUAUAUUGGCAUUGAAGAGGAGGAUAUUCCCAAGUUGGCUGCUUUCUUAUUAAAGUACAGACAUCAGCAGAGGGAGCAGACUGAGGAUGUUUGUGAUGGGUCGGGGGAAUCUAAUAACAAGGCAGAGGAAGAGGAGACCGAGCCUACGACUCAUCUGACCUCUGACCUCGAUCCGUAUGACGUUGUACCUGCUCUAAAAAGUUUCCUCCGGCAGCACAUGAGGUCCAGGGAGAGCUCGUCCCGUCAGCAUCACAGUGUUUAUGAAGCGGCGCGGGAUUCUUCAGAGGACGAAGCCUACUGGCAGAGUAUGGGAAGUGUAAUCUGUGAGGAUCAACUGAGACUCUGGGACACAGCGGAGAACAAACUGAGGCAGUACCAGGCGGUGCUGGCGGAGAUCUCGGCGCUCGUCCCUGAGACUGAGAGUCUGCAGCAGCAGAACAGAGAGCUGAGGAUGUUGCUGCAGCAGACUCUCAAAGUCAGCACUGAUCUGGAGAUGUAAUCCAAACUCAAAUUGGACUCUGUAAAAUAAAGCCUCUAUUAAAA